CGCGCCAGGGGAGGCGGUUGCUUGCGCGAGGCGGGAGAACUGGGAUCAGGUCUACUCCUGUUGAAUUGUGAAUUGAACACCACUGAAAACAGCAAACUCUGUAAUUUGAUACGUUACAAAGUACUUCAGAAAAUACGAGUUAACUUUUUUAUUUUAGCAUUAGCAAAAUAUUAUGGAUAGGAACUUUCAAGAAGAACAGUUUACAGGAGUUAUUAAAUUUACACCUCCUUUGUACAAACAACGCUACCAGUUCAUUAAAGAUUUAGUGGGGAAAUACAAACCUAAGAAGGUGGCAGAUUUAGGAUGUGCUGACUGCACGCUUCUCUGGAUGCUGAAAUUCUGCAGUUGCAUUGAAGUGUUAGCUGGGCUAGAUAUCUGUGCAAGUGUAAUGAAAGAGAAAAUGCAUAGGUUGUCUCCUCUUCCUGUUGAUUAUUUGCAACCAGCUGAAAGAUGCCUAACUGUUACCUUGCAUCAUGGUUCAGUCGCCCAUAAAGAUCCUUGCAUGCUUGGUUUUGACUUGGUAACAUGUAUUGAACUAAUAGAGCACCUGGAAGAAUCAGAAUUAAAGAAGUUUCCUGAAGUGGUGUUUGGUUUCAUGGCUCCAGGCAUAGUUGUGAUCACUACUCCAAAUUCUGAAUUUAACCCUUUGCUUCCAGGAGUGACAUUAUUCAGGCAUCCAGACCACAAAUUUGAAUGGAAUCGAGUGCAAUUUCAAAGCUGGGCUCUAGAGACUGCCAGAUGCUAUGAUUACUCAGUGGAAUUUACUGGUGUGGGGCACCCACCAACAGGAAUGGAGAAUGUUGGGUUUUGUACCCAAAUAGGUGUGUUUAUUAGAAAAUAUCCUCAAACCAGUGAAUCUGCUCAGUCUGAGAAACCCACUGAAGCAGUUUACAAAACGGUCUUCAAAGCAGUGUAUCCAAGUCUUAAAGAUGAGAAGUACCUGCAGAAUGUGGUGGUCAGUGAAGUUAUUUUCACAGCACAAAUCAUUAAGCAAAGUCUGCUGGACCGUUUAAUGUCAGAACAUGAGGAGUAUAAUGAUGAUCCUACGGAGAGAAAAUCCAAAUUCCAGCCUUCAAUGAACUGUUUUUCAGACGAUCUCAGAAAACUGGUUGUUGAAAAAAGCAUGGAACCAUUUAUCAAUGGAAAUGUGGUUUAUAUACCUCUUACAACAAUCUUUUCUUUUCCCAAAGUGAAUCGACUUUGUGGUACAUUUGAGAAGUUAUGCAAGCUUAUUGCUGGCAAGGUCACACUGAGCAGUGAUGGUUCUGCUGUGAUGUUCAAUACCGAACAUGAAAACGAAGAGAAUUAGAUCACAGAUUUCUCAUACAAAGUUCAGUUAAAGUAAUGAAAGUAUUUUUUUAGUAGCUGUCAAACGGUGUGUUCUGUAUGCUAACUAGAACCACAAAAUCUUUUCUAAACCUUCCAGUAUUUAUCCAUCAUCACCUCUCUCAUUUAGUGAAGAUGAGCGCUUCUGACAAAGAUCGCAGUAAUUCGUAGGGUUUUGAAGUAAAGUAUCAGGGGCUAAAAGAAAAGAAUUAAUUUCUGUGAAGAAAAAUGUUAAGUAUUUCUGUUUGUUUUCUGUUACCAUAUUGUAGCUAUCAUGACUAGAUUAUUUUUGGUAAUCUUUUGUUAGCUCCAAGGAUAGUUGAUGAUAAGACAGAACUGUGUUGUUGUGCUGAAUAAUAUGAGUCAGACAUAGGUUUAGGGCAAGUUUUUUCUUAAUAGAAUAAAAUUUAUAGAGCCUUUUUCAAGAUGAGCACCUACUCAGCCUUCGUGAAAACCAAAUAGUGUUCCAGAUAAAUUGGAAUAUGCUACAAACAUUUAUAGCUCAGUAAAUUCAAUACUCGGGAAGAGUGCCAUGAUGUUGGAUGUAAGGUGGGGAAAAAAGGUAGAUUUAGCCCUAUUGUUUUAUCCAGUUUCUUGAUAACUACUGCUUGGGAAAUAACGUGCAUCCUGUUACUUUCCAGAAGCUGAAUUUAAGUAAUUUGAAACUGGUAUCUUUGACUCUUCUGUUUUUGAAAAAAUAAAAAAAUCUGUCAUUGUGAAUGCUAACCUGGCCCCGGUGUACCUGAAAAAAAAAACUUCUGUGUUUUCAUGUGCAGCUGUUGUCCAUAAAGUCUUGACAACACAUUCAGCAGAAAUGAAAAGCAGAGGUGUUAUAGAUAGUGGAGCUUACUGGCUUGGCCAAGUAGAGCUGAAUUGUAUGUGUAAAUGCACAGUAAGCAAAUGUUAGACGAUGGACUUAUGAAGACAGAAAUUUUGAAGGAUGCACAAGAUUGGCUUGUUCAUAAAGGAUUAAUGAAGCAACACACUGCAGUUCUUUUUAAGUUUCUAUGUAUACCCAAAUAUUUUUAAUCAAUAAUUUUAAUAUCUCAACUGAGUAUUUCUUAGGAGUAAAGAGAUAGUUAAUUAAAAGGCCUCAUUCCGUGUAUGUUUCACAAUGUCAUUGGCAGCUUUGAAUGAGCUAGUAUUACCAGAACUGACUUCAUGUUUGUGAAACAUGAAAGUUACACAACUUUAUGAAAAUAAAAAAUUCUGUGUAAGGCCUGACUGUUUCUUAAAGAAGAUGAGUGCAUUCUACCUUCUAAAUUUUUGGAAUUCACUUCAGAUGAUUAAGGUGAAAGAUCAGACAUAAAGGGAAAAGGCAGCUGUAAUUCUCUGAAUUGAGAAAUGGUACAGAAUCUCUAACAGGUUGAGUUUCAGGGAAAGAAGAAUGAUCUGCAGUGCU